AUGACAUUGAUGAUGUUCUCAACAUUUCAGGAGCAGCAGGAACGUCCACAAACAGUACCGGUGUGUGCGGAUCUCACUGCAGGAGCUGCAGGAGUGUCCAGGAGCAGUACCGGUGUUUGCGGAUCUCACUGCAGGUUCAGGAACAGUGGUGCUGGUGUCGACAGUAGGACAUGGCUCGUGCUGCUGCAGGCGGCGGUACAGCGUGAUGCAGCGCGGCUGUACUACUGUACAACUGGACUACAGCUUGGUGUUGUGUGCUGCUGCAGAGAUCGACACUACGUCACAAGUGCUGCUGCAGAGUUCGGCACCACGUCACAAGUGCUGCUGCAGAGUUUGACGCCACGUCACAAGUGUUACUGCAGAGAUUUACACGACAUGAUCUAUGCAAGAUCUUUUACGAGUUGGACUGUCAAUGUGUAUUUUUAA